AUGUCUUCCUGGGUGACUCGAGCGAACUCCAUCCCGCAUUUCUCCGCACCUUCAUCGCCCGCUCAGUCUGAGCCUCUACAGCCACGAAGGCCCAUUCUCUCACGCGAGGGUGAGCUUCUGUCGACGCGCGGGCAGUCCCUGGCAGCACUUAUCCGUCGACGGUCUUUGUCUAUUUCAAGCCCGGAUGGACUCGAGGGUGGGCUCUACCAAGAUGAGGCGAUUAUGCCAUGGGAGCGCAUGGAUAAGGUUCCUCUAGACAGAGCCAGACGGUUGAUUGGAAAUAUCAAACCGAUGUACAAUUGGCAAUGGUACUAUCGAGACCCGGAAACGUUGAAAAACCUACCCAAGAAUCUACGGGAAUACUACGAGCGCAACAAUCAACUCAUCGCGCAGUAUGUCUUUAUCGAUCGCCUGUUCGACUCGGCCUUGCCUCACAGGUUGAUUGAAGACUAUCAUCGUCAUCAACCCAACCAAUCCUCAGAAGACGCGGCCGAAAGCCAAACACAUGACGCAAGAUACGUGAAUAACCACAGUGGAGCGGAAACAUCUACCAAGAUCAAGCGCACGCCUCGAAACCUUUAUCGGAUUCCCGAUGAAAGCUCGCCUCUCUUGCCUUCCUCAGCAGAUGACAAUUCCCGUCCGUCUCCUGCCGUCUUGCCUCAGCAAGAGGAAUCAGUGGAUAGCGACAAUCGCAUCGUCACUAUUGCCAUAUACAUUAACUUCAUCGCCAACGUAGUCUUACUCGCGGCCAAAAUCGCUGUUAUGUCUAUGACGAACUCGCUGUCGGUGCUGGCAAGCUUGGUCGACGCUGUGCUGGACUUUCUCAGCACGGCCAUCGUCUGGGCGACGACGAUGCUCAUCAAGAAUGACGACCGCUCUCGAUUCCCCAUCAGCAGACGCCGUCUCGAACCGUUGAGUAUCCUCGUCUUCGCAGUAAUCAUGAUGACCUCUUUUGUCCAGGUCGCCCUGACCUCGCUCAGUCGGCUCAUCUCCACCGAACACACCCUUGUCGAACUCUCGGUGCCCUCAACCGCAGUCAUGGCCAGCACCGUUCUCGUCAAACUGGCCUGUUGGUUUUGGUGCCGUCUUAUCAAGAACUCUAGCGUGCAGGCCCUCGCACAAGACGCCAUGACCGAUGUCGUCUUCAAUCUCUUUAGUAUCUUAUUCCCUCUACUCGGCUCCUUCACCAAAUCCUGGUUUGUCGAUCCUCUCGGCGGCCUGCUUCUCUCUCUCUACAUCAUCUGGAACUGGGGCGGUACUGCAGCCGAACACAUCGGCCACUUAACCGGCACCGCCGCGUCAGGGGAAGACCACAGCAUCUUACUCUACAUGACGAUGCGGUUCUCCAAGGCGAUUCUCAACAUCCAGGACCUGAAGGCUUACUACGCCGGGGACCGGCUGAACGUCGAAGUGGACAUUGUCUUUGAGGCCAAGACCAGUCUGCGUGAUAGUCAUGAUAUCGGUGAGAGUCUGCAGUAUAUGAUUGAGAGUGUGCCGACGGUGGACCGGGCUUUUGUGCAUUCGGAUUAUGAUCCGUGGAAUAUCCCGAGCCAUUUGAACCAGAGAGAAUCCUAA